UCGGCGUCGUCGGCCUGUGCUGCCGACUCCUCGCCGCCUGUUCUCCGCAACUCCACACCAGAGACCAAGCACAUCCAUAUACAAAGCCUCGACCAAGCUUUUCUCUUGCUCAGUAUGCCCGAACAGUCCCUGCCUCUUGUUCUCGAGCCUCUCUCCCCCUUCGGAGAUGCGCUCGCAGGCUCCCUCGGCGCAGUCUUUGCCAAUGCUGUGGUCUACCCACUCGACAUCAUCAAGACCAGGCUCCAGGUCCAGCGCAGAAGCGAAAAGGCCGCAGAGAAUGACAAACGUGCAGAUGGUGCGGAAGCAGUCAUUGACGGAGACCACUACACCUCGGCCUUUGAUGCAUUCCAGAAGAUGCUUAAGCGCGAGGGCGUCCGAGGCUUGUAUGCCGGUAUCGCGGGUGGCCUGGUUGGCACUGCCUCGCAGAACUUUGCCUACUUUUAUUGGUAUACCUUUGUGCGCGAUACCUACACUGCGCGUAUCCCUGUCAUCUCAACGGCUAUGGAAUUAGUGCUUGGAGCGGUGGCAGGAGCCCUUGCAACCAUUUUCACCAUUCCCAUCAGUGUCUGCACAACUCGCCAACAGACAGCCAGUACACUGCGUCGCAAGUCUCUCUUUGGCACAGCAGCAGAAGUUGUAGAUGAGGAUGGUAUUGCAGGCCUUUGGCGCGGAUUGAAGCCUUCCCUUAUUUUGUGCGUCAACCCAGCCAUCACCUAUGGUCUCUUUGCAAUUUUGAAGAAGCGCAUUGUGGGCGAACUGGGCAAGCUGACGCCUGGGCAGGCAUUCGGUAUCGGAGCUCUCUCCAAGACCGUUGCAACGGUCGUAACUUACCCCUACAUUAUGGCCAAGGUGCGCAUGCAGCACAAGAAUGAAGACCCAAAAAUCGCCGCUCAGCAGAGCAAGCUGAGUGCGCUUGGCAUCCUUGGCAAGAUCUUGAAGGAGGAUGGCUUUAUCGGGUUGUACAAGGGCAUGGAUACGCAAAUAUUCAAGGCCGUCUUGACGCAAGCAAUUCUCUUCUACUUCAGGGAGUUGUUUACGCGGUACACGAUGGUAGCCUAUGCGCUCGGCAGGCGGCUGGCCCAGCAGCGGGCGUUGAAGAAGUAGAGGUAGAUACUUGAGUAGAUAGUGCGUCGGGAAUAGAUAAAGUGACACAAAUAUUGAGCAAC